CGCCGGUCAUUGUCGGGUUAUAAGUGUACACAAUACACAUUAUAUCGUAAACUGUCAAUUUUUUUUUUAAAAUUUUUUUUUUUAGUCUCAUCCGUGUCGUCCGUCCGUCGUGUUAUUCGCUUGUAUUUUUUUUUUUUAUUUACACUUAAAUUUUAAUCAUGUAACAAUUUCUCGGCUGAUUAAAUAUAAUAUAAUAUUAUAAUGUUAUUUACGUUCAACGGAAUCUCUAUCGAUCAUAUUAUUAUUACGAAGACGUACAGUUAUGUACACAAUACAUGCUACGAUUUUCUGGCCAUUUCUACAUUGUACAAUUAUUGAACUCGAAGGUGCGCCUUGACAUUAUUUUGUGUAGACUUCACAACUUUCGUUCUGAAAGGUGAUACCACAUUUUGGGAACCCGUUAUAAUCAAUCGCCGCAACUGCAUUACUAACUUCAAGUUCAUGGCACAUAACACCAUCCUCGGGGCAAAAAUAUUCGAGCGACUUCACUUUCACUAAACCAAGUUUUACAAGUAGUUCGGCAGUUCGCCUAUUCAGAAAUAAAUAUAAUUAUUUAUUAGUUCAUAAUUAAUUAAUUUAUUAUGAGUUUUGAUGAAUAUGAGACCAUACCAUCAUCUAAUGUGACUGAUCACAUGAUGGCUGGUGCCAUUGCAGGAAUUAUGGAACAUUGUGUUAUGUAUCCUUUGGAUUCUGUAAAGACUCGGCUGCAGGCAUUCAUGCCAUCUGGAAAUGUAGGAAAUCGAGGAAUUGGAACUGUUCUUUUUAAUAUGAUAAAGCAUGAAGGAUAUUUAAGACCAAUGCGUGGGAUGGGAACAGUAAUUAUAGGUGCUGGUCCUGCCCAUGCUCUCUAUUUUGCAUCUUAUGAACAUUUGAAGCAAAAAAUUUCUCAUCAAACACCUUUAAAUAUGACAGUUUCCUCAGGUGUAGCUGGAUGUGUUUCAACUAUUAUACAUGAUGCAAUUAUGACUCCAACAGAUGUUGUUAAACAACGUUUGCAAAUGUCAAACUCACCAUACAAUGGUAUUUUAAAUUGUGUGAGUUCUAUUUGGCGAACUGAAGGAUUAGGAGCAUUUUAUCGUUCGUAUAUGGUACAAUUGUUCAUGAAUGCACCAUUUCAAAUUGUUCAUUUCAUGACAUAUGAGUAUUGUCAACAUUUUUUGAAUCCAGAUAGGAUAUACAAUCCUUUAUAUCAUAUGAUAUCAGGCGGUGUCGCUGGUGGGCUUGCAGCUGCUAUAACAACACCAUUAGAUGUAUGCAAGACUUUGUUAAAUACUCAAACCACAAAUGUGAGAGUUGAAGGUUUAUUCCGUGCAGUCACAACUGUAUAUACCUUAGGUGGCCCUGGAGGAUUUUUUAGAGGUAUGGUUGCUCGUGUCUUGUACCAAAUGCCGUCAACAGCUAUAUCCUGGACUACUUAUGAAUUUUUCAAAUUUGUACUAAUGAAGAAAUCAAACAUUUCUGAUGAUCGACCUCCUCCUCCUCCUCCUCCAAUAAAUUCAGCAUUGAUUAAUGAAAAAAUUACAAAAACAACUAGUGUUCGAUGUGAUUUGCCUGUAGCCUCAAGAUCACGUAUAUAUAGUCAUUAUACAGUUAGAGAUGAUGGGUCUAAAGGUCAGCAAUUUUAGUUAUGAAUUUAAGGAAGUUAUUUCAAUUACAAGUUGUGCAUUUUGCUGUUUUGAUUUUAAUGUAUUAGUAAGAAGUGUUUCUAUUCAAAAGAUCACUACUAACUUCUUGUAAUUGUGGUUUUGAUAGUCCCAAAUCCUAAGACGAUUUUUGUGUAGUCUUUUAUUAUGUUAAUUUAGUUGAAUGUAAUACUAACUACUUUCUAAGGUAUGAUUUAAAUAGUUAUUAGUUGUUUUACAGUGUUUAUAACAAUAUUAUAGGAUCUUGUGUUUUACUAUCCAAGAAUAUGAGUUAUUACUGAUUAAAAUACUUCACUUUACAAUACAAGACAUACCCAUCUUAAAAUUUAUAGACUUGUAAUUUAACAAGUCUAUUUAUGUUUUUUAAAUAUAAAAACAAGU